AUGACGCUACUUGUGCUACGUGCCAGACAUUUACGAAGCAAUAGCGAUAAAAUUUCUACUAGAGGCUGCGAGCAAGAAUGCAUCGUUACGUCCCAUAACAAAGAUGCUGAAAUUACCUCACCAGGUCUCCCGUCUGCGAUCAGAUUUCUUCUCUGUCAAUUGAGCGGAUUCUGUCCAGAAUUUUAA